AUGCCUUUUGGAUUAAAGAACGCCGCACAAACAUUUCAACGAUUUAUGGAUGAGGUCACUAAAGGCCUAGAUUUUGUUUUCGUGUAUAUUGAUGAUGUCUUAAUAGCUAGCAGUUCGCUCCAUGAACACGCUGAUCACCUACAUCAAUUAUUCGAAAGAUUUCAGAAAUAUGGCAUAGUGAUUAACCCAUCCAAAUGUAUUUUCGGAGUUGAGAGCUUAGAGUUUUUAGGUCACUUGAUCGACAAACGUGGAAUUAAACCUUUGGAUACAAAAAUAGAAGCCAUCAAGAAUUUUCCAGAACCAGACUCAUGGAAUAAACUUCGACGUUUCUUGGGGAUGAUAAAUUUUUAUCGUCGCUUUAUUCCACAUUGCUCAGCCAUCCUACAACCUUUGACAGAGGUGUUAAAAGGUAAAGUCAAAAAGUUCACAUUACCCUCCCAAGCGAAAGAUGCCUUUUCUGCAGCUAAAACAGCAAUCGCUUCUACUACCAUGCUGACCUACUUAAGCCCUGAUCCGGAAGCAACACUAAUUCUGUGUACAGAUGCAUCACAGGCAGCAGUAGGUGCAGUACUACAACAGCGAGUUAAUAAUGAGGUCAAACCACUUGCCUUCUUUUCAAAGAAGCUAGAACCAACCCAAACUCGAUAUAGCACUUUCGGUAGAGAACUAUUGGCUAUUUAUCUAGCUGUUAAACAUUUUAACCAUUUACUGCAAGGCAGAGACUUUGUGAUACUCACUGAUCACAAACCUUUAACCUAUGCCUUUAACGCGAAAAGUGACCGUUAUUCCCCUAGAGAAAUGCGACAAUUGGAUUAUAUUUCCCAAUUUUCGACCAACAUACAGUUUAUAAAAGGUGAGUCAAAUGUUGUUGCGGAUACUUUGUCACGUUUCAACGUCGAUGCAAUUUCCUUCACCAAAGGAAUCGAUUUAUUAGACAUGGCACGUUUGCAGACAGAUGAUCCUGACCUUGAUGCUUGUAAACAAAGUUCGAGCUUGUCCUUAAAAAGUGUUCCUAUACCGCAUUCUGACUCUACUAUCAUUUGUGAUACUUCUACUGGAACGCACAGACCUUUUGUGCCAAUAGUGUACAGAAAAGAGUUUUUGAUUGUCUUCACUCACUAUCCCAUCCAGGGAUUCGUGCUACUGUGA